UGACAGGUAAACAGGCAAACAAACCUGUUCCUGGUGGCCAGGUGAGCUCGGGUGGGCGGGGCUAGUCACAGUAUCUAUGAGUGGAGGAAACGGCAGGUAAAGCAGGCUUUCAGUAGGCAUGGAGAGCUCAGAUGGGCUGCUUCCUGCUGGAGACAGCCUGCUAAACAGGGAACUUUCAUCUUGUCCAUUUUAAAGUAUGUCUGAGGAAACCAGGAUUCUUUUUGCAAUAAUCAAAGACUGUGAGUGAAUCUGUCGGGAAUGGAGUCCAAUCUGUCACUGCUGUCCUCUAUCGAGGAUGAACCCUUCUACGUCAACCACCACUACAAAGAGUCCUACCGCUAUGCCAUCUACGCCCUGCUCUGUGGAGGCACCAAGGCCUAUGAGGAGUAUCGGCUGGCUGAGCGUGUCAGCAGCUUUCUGUCUGAGGAGGAGAUGCGCUUCAUUUUGGAUAAUGCAGAAUUCAUGGCUGUGGAUGAUGACUCGGGAGGGACGCAGAGCACAGAGGCGGCCAUCCCCUCUACCUACUUCCCCGAAGCUUCUGAUGACGAGGUGCCGGUUCUGGAGCUGGGCUGGCCAACGGUCAGCCUGGAGGAGACGGAGACCAACAUCAGCCUUCUGUUUCACCCACCCAGAAAGAACACACCAUCCAUUAAAGAGGUGGUGCGGAAACAGAUUCAGGUGGCACGUGAGGUCAUUGCCAUAGCGAUGGAUGUUUUCACUGAUGUCGAUAUUUUCAAAGAGCUGAUCAGUGCGGCAAUCAGAGGGGUGGCAGUGUACAUCCUCCUGGAUGAUUCCCGGGUUGGCAGCUUCCUCAAAAUGUCGGACAGCGUGGGCAUUAACAUCCACGACAUCAAGAACCUAUGUCUCCGGACAGUUAAGGGGGAAGAGUAUCGGUGUUGGUCGGGAAUGAAGUUUCAUGGGACUUUGGAACAGAGGUUUAUUCUGAUAGACUGCCAGACAGCUUUGUUUGGAACAUAUGGCUACCAAUGGUCAUUUGAGAAGCUCAACCAGAGUAUGGUCAUGGUUACGACAGGUCAACUGGUUUCUUCCUUCGAUGAGCUGUUCAGAACACUAUAUGCCUGUUCCAUAAUUCCUGCUGCUCUGUCCAGUGGGCGUCUGUUGUCUGCAUACCCAAAGUCCAGUCAACUUUCUCUCAAUCACCUUUACAUGAAAUCCAGACCCUCAUCUCACAUGAGAGACGGUUUUAAUGAUGCAGCAAUGUUAAACCGGGGUUUUAGUGUGCAGGAGAUGCUGCAUCACUCUCACUUGACAGACACAGAAAACCUAGUGAGAGGUCACAGUUAUGGAGGCGAACUGCCGAAGUUGAAUUCCGGACUGAAAAUGGGAACCAAGAAUCUUGGAGUUCCUAUUCCUCCUGGAAGAACAGGCUCCACGCUGAGGCACACUAGAGAUGUGCAACAAUCUCAGCAUCAUCUCAAGCACCAGGCUCGCUAUGGUGCAGACCACAAUCUGAUACCCUUCAGCUCUGAAACGUCACUUAACAAAUGGAAGAUUGACACCUACUUAAGAGACAGCGAUGUGCCACCUGACGCAUCAUGUGAUGCUUAUUCCCCCGUAACAUCUCCAUAUAGCAGUCUCACGAGUUUGAAUCAGUAUCAGUCACAGCUGAUUCACAACAGGUCGAUGGACAUUAGGUCUAGACUGGAGGAAAGUAGACAAAAGAGGCUAAGUCUACAGGAGCAUGAUAAUUUCAGACAAAGCAAAGAAUCAUUGAGGUCUUUGUACUCAACUGCAGACAGGCCACAACAUAAGAGACCUCAACAAGGAAGACCAAGGGGGGCAGAAAUGGAUCCAAACACAGAAACCAUCCGGCACAAUCCUGCUCUUGCAAAGACACAAUCAGAUGCUGAAAUUGAUUUGAGACUCAGAGAUUCAACUCUCAAGAUCUCCAAUAUGCCUUCUGACAGUGUCAGGCACUCCUGGCUGUUGGAAUCUUUGACUGAGAUUCCUGAAGAAAAAGAGGCAUCAAACUCUCGUGGUGAUGGUUUUGAUACAGUACUUUUAGACAAAACUCAAGUUAGGUCUAAAGAGGAAACAGUUGCCCAGAGAGAACGCUUCAAGAAAUCCAGCUCACGUAGAGAAUCCUAUGAUAAAGCCAGGGAAAGCUAUGGUUUUAUCCAAAACAGGAUAGACUCACCUCCUCCAAGGGAAGGAAACCAACCAGUGCAUGGAACCUCUGCAGAAUGUUUACCUUCUGUGGAGCCUCAAAGAGGUCCAACAACAAAAGAGCACACACAGCCAGAAAGAUCCGAACUUCAGAGAAAUAACUUAAUGACAACAAAAGGAAAUUCAGAGCUUACAGACAAUGAAAAGAAAGCCUCCAGAAAAGCAAAGUCACUUCAACGGACUGCACUGAAAUCUCAGAACAUGUUGGACUCAAAUCAAGCACUCCAGAUAGACCACCCUAAAACAUCUGCUUUAGGGCGACCCACUAAGAAAGAUCAAUCAGCGGAAAUGUCCCAGUCACUAAACGCGCUCAGUGGGCCAUCGGAGACAGAAAAACGGACAGAAAAACAUAAGUCUCCCUUCUCCAAACUGUCUCCUCAGCGUUCAAGCAAAAGAAAGACAACCCCUUCGGCAGAGCAGGACCAAGGCUCAAGGAGCACGCCGGACCAUGAAGCAGCGUCGGCCUCUCAAACCAAGAGAGAAAAAGCUUACACCCGCUAUGAGUCCCUUAUCAGCAAUGAAAAACUGACUCUGGAUAAGCCAGCAGGGUUGGCAAGUAGCUCAGACAAAGUGAAAAGCUUGUCCCUAAACAGGCGAGGUGAUGGAUUUCGCUCGCAUCAGACUCAAGGGGGUGCUGACAACAAACUGGGGAGACUAAUGCAGCGAAUGGGAAAUCUGAUCAACAAAAAAUAGUAGGCAGAUCCAGAAGAAGCACUAGUCAAUUUGCCCCUUCUCUAUCUUUGACCUUUGCAGUUUUGGUCAAUCUUUGCAAUGGGGUUUGAAAAUGGCCGUUUUAUUAGAGGUAAAUUUCAUAAUCCUCAUCAGAACAGAAAUUAAUGUGAAUGCAAAAUCUUCUGAAAAAAAACCUUUUUAUUAAAUUAGUUGAGGGAGUUUUAUAUUCUCAUGAUUAUUUCGGCAAAAAUCAUGAAAGACUGACCCAAUUCAAUUCAAUUCAAUUUUAUUUAUAUAGCGCCUAAUCAUGAAACAUGUCAUCUCAAGGCACUUUACAA